GCUCGCGCCCUGUUGACUGAGAAUCAGCUGAUCCUUUCAGGAUCAUUUUGUUCGUCACGAUUUUACUUGAAAUGUUACAUAUGUUCUGUCUUAGUAGCUAGAGUUUAUUUUAAUAGACCUGGAAAAUAACUUGAACAUUUUGCACAAUUUUGAACAAUAUUAACCGCUAUCUUUCUGUACAAGAAAUUUAAAAUCCUCUUAUACGGACAGCAACCAUGGCGCUUAGCGAUGCGGACGUUCAGAAGCAGAUCAAGCACAUGAUGGCUUUCAUUGAGCAGGAGGCCAAUGAAAAGGCAGAAGAGAUUGAUGCCAAGGCAGAAGAAGAGUUUAACAUUGAGAAAGGUCGUCUGGUGCAGACCCAGAGGCUGAAAAUCAUGGAGUACUAUGAAAAGAAGGAGAAACAAAUUGAGCAGCAGAAGAAAAUUCAGAUGUCAAACCUGAUGAACCAGGCCAGGCUGAAGGUGCUGAAGGCUCGCGAUGACAUGAUUUCGGACAUGUUAAAUGAAGCCCGACAGAGGCUGGCCAAAGUAGCCAGAGACCCGACCAGGUAUUCUGCUCUCAUGGAUGGCCUGGUGCUCCAGGGAUUCUACCAGCUACUUGAGCCCAAAGUGACAAUCCGCUGUCGCAAGCAGGACCUGUCCUUGGUGCAGGCAUCUGUGCAGAAAAACAUCCCCAUCUACAAAGCAGCUGUGAAGAACAAUUUGGAAGUCCGGAUCGACCAAGACAAUUUCCUCUCUCCAGAAGUCUCUGGCGGUGUUGAGAUAUUUAACGCAGACGGGAAGAUCAAGGUGUCUAACACUCUGGAGAGUCGUCUCGAGCUCCUUGCACAACAGAUGAUGCCUGAAAUCAGAGUUGCUCUGUUUGGUGCAAACCAGAACCGGAAGUUCAUGGAUUAAGCAACUCACUAAACCCAGGGACACAGGAUUAUGGCUGAAAGUCAAUAUUUGAUGUAUUUUCUUUUUUACGUAGUUGUAAAAUGAUUGAAUUAUUGCCUGUGUAAGUAGUAUUUGGUUUAAAAAAGACAAAUUAUGUGUAUGUGUGUGCUGUAUUUUGUGAUUCAUUGUUGCCGGAAGACAAAGAAUUGAGUAUAUAGGUCAGGUUAGCUAAGGAUUAUUUCUUGAUUGGCUGCUAAAGAUCUGAUAUGUAUCAUCUCAUUCUCAUUGGCUAUGCCAUUUAGAGUUUAUGCUACGUAUGUUUACAAGAAAGUCUGAAUGGUUAGACUCAAGUUUUUAGUCAUAUGUGAACAGAAUCCACUAUUUAAACUGCUAUCUAUAUAGUGUAUAUGUCUUUACCUUCAAGUACACUAUUGUGCAAAGGAACAGCCACUCUUGUGGCUGUCCAUAAGAAUACAGUAAUAUAACCAUUGUCUGUUACCUUGUGUUUAUGUAUAGGUUUCUGUGUUUUUUGUUAUUCCAUUUGGUGCACAGCAUGCACUGUAUAAGUGUAACAAACAUGUUAUUGUUGAAACGUUAAGAUCACAUUCAUGUGGAAGUAAUAUAAGAAUAAAAGCAUCACUGUCCA